AUGUCUCUGGCUUCAAAGCAACCAGUGCAGAUCCUCCGCAAGGCAACGCUUUUGGAGCAAGAUGCAUUUGAGAUUCGCUCUUUGGGCGCCAAAGGAAGGGGUGCGAUCGCCAAAAAGGAUUUACAAAAAGGAGAUCUGAUUCUUAAGGAGGCACCCUUGCUGAUAAUCACGCGCGAAGACCUGGGAAGAUACACAGACGAAGACAUCGAGCAACGCCUUGCGGAAUUACCAGAGAGAGAUCAGACACAUUUCUGGGAGCUGUUUGAUGCGAAGCUGUUUGAAAGUGCUGGCCGAGGUUCGGCCAAAAGCAGAGUUCUGACUAACAGUUAUCCUGUUGAAGAUGAGCUCGGGGAGGAGGCAGUCGCUGUGUUCAACACCCUGGCACGUUUCAAUCACAGCUGUGUACCCAACGUACAUAACAGUUGGGACCCAGAGAUGGCUGUCGAAACCAUCUGCCUGACGCAAGAUGUCCCAGCUGGGGAGGAGCUGUGCACUACAUAUCUGGAUUUGUUUACCAUACGGCACGAGCGCCAAGAGGAGCUCUCCAGAAGAUUGAAGUUCCAAUGCACUUGCCAGGCGCCAGCAGCAGUUAUGACAUACAUCACCAGUGAUGGAAUGGUCUAG